UCUCUUUUUUUUUCUCCAUCAAUUCUUUGUUAACUCCUUCAUCUCCAUCUUAUUCACUUGUGUAUAUAAACAUUUAAUUGUCUUGAAUAUCACCUUGUAAAUUGCUUGAAACAUCAUAAACAAGCAGCAAUUACCACCAUUUACUUUAACUCUGCAAUUUUAUUUAGUGAUUUCAUUUUUAUUCUUAUUUUUUUUUCGCUUUGAAGGUCGUUUAUUUCUUGUUGGAUCAACCGUGUCUAUAUACUUGACUUUAAAUCAGUCACCUUUAUGAACUUUUGAACAUACUGAUAAUUUCAUUUUCCAGAUUAAUUUCAUCAUGUCUAAUUCUAAUAUGACUGAUUCUCUUGGUGUAUCAAUUGCCUUGGGCAUGAUUAAAACAGUGGUUUGUGCCUACGAUUUGAUGACUCUUCCCAUUUAUACUGUUGCCCAACAACCUUGGCAACGAAGUCAAUCCAAAAACAAAACGAGAGCCAAACCAGUUAAAGAUGAUAAUUGUUAUUCAGAAUGGAAAAGAGUUGAAUCUCCUCCCGAUCAUGAUAUGUUACAUGCUGAAACCAUUGAUUCUUUAUUUGUGAAAACAUGUGAAAAAUAUGGAGAUCGUAAGUGUCUUGGUUAUCGUGAGACUUUCGGUGAAGAAGAUGAGAAACAACCUGAUGGAAGAACUUUUAGAAAAUUGAUUCAAGGAGAUUUCAAAUGGUUCACAUAUAAUGAAGUUAAUCAAAGAAUCAAUGAUGUUGCUCGUGGUUUAUUCUUGAGUGGCCUUAAACCUGGUGAGCCAGUGAUGAUCUUUGCCGAGACAAGGUUAGAAUGGUUUGUCAGUGCAAUGGCAGCAUUUAGACUCGGUGCAAGCAUUGCCACCUUGUAUGCCACUCUUGGAUUCGAGGCUCUAGUGCAUGGAAUCAACGAGACUGAAGUUUCACAUUUAAUCACAACUCAUGAUCUUCUACCAAAAAUCAAAUCUAUCGUGAAUAAACUGCCUCAUCUUAAGAAAAUCAUCUACAUCGAAGGUGUCAAGAAACCAGAUCUUAGUGGUUUUGGAUCAAUUGAGUUGAUCUCGAUGACCCAAGUGGAAAUGAAUGGAUCGUCAACUAAACAAAACAUUCAAUUUGAACCCAGAAAAAGUGAUGAUCAAGCCGUCAUCAUGUACACAUCAGGAUCAACAGGUAUCCCUAAAGGUGUUAUCAUCACACAUAAAAAUAUUCUUGGAACCAUGAAAGGUUUCUAUGCUGUUGCACAUGGAAUGACCACCGAGAAUAUCUACAUGGCCUACCUUCCAUUGGCUCAUGUUCUUGAAUUAGCUGCUGAAAGUUUCUUCAUUUCAGUGGGUAUUCCAAUCGGUUAUUCAUCUCCACACACCAUGACCGAUAAAUCAACUGCUGUUAAAAAAGGCUGCAAAGGAGAUGCACCAGUCCUUCAACCAACUGUCAUGGCCGCAGUUCCAUUAGUUUUGGAUCGUAUCAAAAAAGCCGUCACUGAGAACAUCGAUGCCCAAGGGCCUUUUAUGAAGGGACUCUUCCGAUUUGCCCUUGAGUACAAACAAUAUUGGGUUAAAAAUGGAUUCCAAACUCCUCUUCUAAACAAAAUCAUCUUCAACAAAAUUAAGGCCAUGCUCGGUGGUAAAAUUCAAUACAUGGUAGUUGGAAGUGCUCCUCUUGCUCCCGAUACUUUUGAUUUCAUCAGAAAUACUUUGAAUGUGAUUCUCAUCGCCGGAUAUGGAUUGACGGAAACUGCAGCAGGUGGUACCAUCAUGGAUUUCGACGAUUUCAGUGUAGGUCGAGCGGGUCCUCCUCUUUAUGGACUUUCGAUCAAGUUAUCUGAUUGGGAAGAAGGUAAUUAUCAUCCUCGAGACAAACCAAAUCCACGAGGUGAAGUCAUCAUCGGCGGUGAUUGUGUGACCGCAGGUUAUUUUAAGAAUCCGACAAUGACGGAAGAAUUUUACAAAGUGGAAGAUGGAAAAAGGUGGUUUUACACAGGUGAUAUUGGAGAAAUUUAUCCUGAUGGAACAAUCAAAUUAAUCGACCGUAAAAAAGAUUUGGUUAAACUUCAAUAUGGAGAAUAUAUUUCACUUGGAAAGGUUGAAACGGAAUUGAAAAUUUGUUCAAUUGUUGAUAAUAUUUGCGUCUAUGGUGAUUCUUAUCACGAUUAUUUGAUAGCAAUUGUUGUUCCAAACGAAAAGGGUCUUCGCAAUUUAGCAAAAACACUUAACAAGGAGCAUCUAAGUCAUUCACAACUCUGUAAAGAUCCAGUUAUGCUGGAAGUGGUUAAAAAAGUGCUUACUGAUCGAGCAGCACAAGUUAAAUUGAAUCGAACCGAAAGACCUGCUAAAAUCUUACUCGUUGACGACGAGUGGACACCUGACAGUGGCCUGGUAACUGCAGCGAUGAAGAUUCGUCGGAAAAAUAUCCAAGAACGUUACAUUAAUGAGAUUAAUAGAAUGUACAAAACUCCCGUUUCUGGUGUUCAAUCAGCUUAAUUUUUUCCAUUAGAAUUUAAAUGUAUUAGUUUAAUUCUAAAUUCCUGUUCUCACCACUAGCAUCUUCUCACUUUUUCUCCUCUUUCACCCCACCCCCUUCCUCUUUAAUAUAAAUUACAAUGUUAUAGAUAUCAAUUCUUUUAGUUUAUCUAUUCAUGUAACUAUACUCAAUCACUUUUCCCAUCAUCUUAUUACAAUCAUCUUCAUCAUCCUUGAUCAUCACUUGUAUCAUCUUCAGGUCAUUGUAACUACACACCAACUACACUCAAAGCAACUCUUUACACAUACACACUUUUCUCAAUUCCUUUGGUGCUAAACAAAAUCCUGAUUUUCUUCAUCACUUCUUACUAAUAGUUAUCAUCAUGAUGAUCUUUUGGUGAUAAGUUAUUUCUCUCGUUAACCUUGACAGAUUAUCUCACAAUCUUACAAGUUUAACGUUAAUUUCCUAAAAUUUUUUCCUUCAAAUCAAAAAUUCAAAUACCAAACUUCAUCAACAAAACAUCCACCAUAAAGAAAACACCAUCAACAUGCAGGAUCAAUUUAAUUAGCAUGUAAAACUUUUCAAAGAAACAAUUUAAUUUGUAGCAUAUGAUAUGUAAUUUAAUUAGCUUUGUUUUAUUAAUUUAUGUUGUUCAAAUGGUUGUAAAUACUUUCUAAGAGAAAGAGAGAGCUAAAGAUCAAUGGUUAAUUAACUCUCCUCUCAAAUUGAUUGUAAUUGCAGCUCAUUGCGACUCCUUAUUAUGAUUGGGAAACACUCAAAGAAUCAAUGAAUUUAUGAUUAAAAUUCAAUUGAUAAUUUAACAAUCAAAGGUCAAUCAAAAUCAAUUCACUCCUUAAACUCCAACUUUGAUCAUUAAAAUUUUGAUCUACUUUUA